AUGGCAGCCCUGGACUAUUAUUACAAUCCAGGUGUCACUGGCGUCGGCUGCAAACAUCUGCCCCCAAGUCACGGAUCGGAUUCACCAGCACAGGAAAAACAAACCAAAUUCGCCAAUCGCGUCGUGAACCAGGAACUCAAGGUCAACGCCAUGGCUCAUCAAAAAGCAGCAAGCUUGUCGCCCCGCGGCCCACAGUCAGCGAAACCAGGUGGUUCCGCGCCUCCUCCCCAACCAUCAUACAUGCCGAAACCAGGGACCUCCGUCGUUUGUCCUCCCGGCCUUGAGUACCUGACAGCCAUAGAUCAAGUUAUAAUACAGCAGGAACUUGAGUUGGCCGAAGCUAUGCUUGGUGUAGAGACUUGCAACAAAUACACUGCUAAGAACAAAGAGGGCCAGCUCAUAUGGAAUAUAAAGGAAGAUUCGAACUGUUGCACGAGGGUCUGCUGCGGGCAAAGUCGAUGUUUAGUGAUGGACGUCCUGGACUACAAAAACGACGCCGUGAUGCGCUUCGUGCGGCCCCUGAGAUGCACGCAGUGCUGGUGUUUUUGUUGUCUGCAGGUAAUGGAAGUCCAGGCUCCACCAGGGACUCUCAUCGGUCAUGUACGCCAGCGGUGGUCCAUAUGCUAUCCUACGUACGGAAUUUACGACAGGAAUGGUACUAGAGUGCUGGAUAUUGUGGGCCCCUUUUGCACUUCCAGCAUGCCUUGCAAGUGCGACGUCGAUUUCGAAGUUCGAUCAGCAAACGGCGCCGCCAUAGGAAAGAUCACCAAGAAGUGGAGCGGCAUUUUGAAGGAGCUCUUUACGGACGCGGACACUUUUGGCGUCACGUUUCCGAUGGACUUGGAUGUCUGUAUGAAGGCCGCCCUUAUCGCGGCCACUAUGCUCAUCGACUACACGUUCUUCGAGCAAACAUGCGGGAGGGGGGCUGACGAUGCACCUGGGAUGGUGGCAUGACACUUCAGUCUACGUUUUAAGCAAGAGCGGC